AUCGCCGAUGCCACGUCCAAAGGUACGCCCGGAAAAUCGCCAACGAUCUUGUCGAGCAUGCUUGGCUUGCAAGGCUUCUAAAAUAAGGUGUGACGCUCGAGACCCUUGCGGCUCAUGUCUGCGACGUGAUCAAGGCAACACAUGCGUAUACUCGGGUGUUGACCGACGGCGCAAAGGCCAAGGCAAGUCGCGGGAUGUGGUGUCCAUGGACAAGGUUGCAUCUUUGCUUGCUGGCCUCCCAAGCUCUCAUGUAUCUCCGAACGCGCCUGCGAUUCCCAUGGAAACCCCAAGUUCAGUAGAGCGGGCUACUCCCGUCCUUAGUCCCCACGCGAAAGCAGUGGACCAUUCCGUCAGGGAGCAAGAAUCCGAGUCAUACACAUCGGACAAGGGCGGAAAAGUGUAUAUGGGAGAGACAUCCUCGCUGUCAUUCCUUUACUUCCUGAAACGUACCAUGAGAGGGUACAUUGGAUCAGCACCUUUUACAGAGAAAGGAGGUCAGCAAGUCACCGUGGACACACAAGACAGUACCGCAGAGGGCAUGGCACAGCUCCUCUCCUUCGAUGAGAGAUGUUCUCUUCUUGAUUUUUAUUUUGAAGCUACCAGCGGUAUUCUAGACCUUUUUAUGGCAUAUGAGGUUGAUCAACUCUUGUCUGAGAGUCCUAUUUCUUGUCGGAGCGUUCUCCCACGGUCUUCUCCUGCCUCUGGUGAUCUGAAGGCUACAUUUGACCUCGUGUUCGCCAUUGGAGCUCAGACACGAGGAAUCGGCAACGACUCGCAAAUUUCAGCUUCUUACUUCUUGCGCGCUCGCGCCGCAGCCUUUGAUGGCAUGCUAAUGUCCCAAACUCUGGAUACGGUCCGGCUAUUUACCCUCCUUGCGUUCUAUACACUUGGUGCCUGCAACCGGAACGCUGCAUCUAUGUUUCUGGGAAUUGCAGCUAAAGCUGCUGUUAUUUUGAACCUCAAUGCCAUCGAAAAUGAUCGGAAAUUCCCAGAAGAAGAAGUUUGCACCAGCGUUCACAACCUUGAUAUCUUGAGCAGCUUCAUUUUUGGACGCCCGAAAAGUUUACCCGCUAUUUGCCCCGAUUUGGCUGAGCCUGCGUUGUUCGAUACUGAAGGUGGGCGGAAUUCGCGACCUCUGUUUACUGCUAUGGUCAAAGCAUGCAAUCUACUCGACCAUGUAGUCGAUACGUUAGGAAAGAAUAACAACAUUCUGCAUGUCCCAACUGCCGAGGAGUUGCUCCGACAACUUCGCCAGUGGAGUCGCGAAUUGCCUCGGCAUAUCCUUCGCUUUCCCAUGAAAUGUGAUUCGAAUGCCACGCUUCAACCUGCGGAUCGUCAAGCGCUCCUUGGAAGCUUACACAUUUCGUGUGUGCAUUACUUCGCCGUAAUGCUGAUUACGCGCCCGUUUCUCGUGGCAUACUUGAUGUCGAGACUACGCGGCAAAGCACCAGAUGACCUUAUCAGCGACCCCGACGAAGCAUCGGAUAUCAGCAUCAAGAACAGCAAAGUGUCCAGACUAGCGCAGGUCUGUGUCAGUUCGGCCAUAGAAAUGGUCGAUAUGUGUGUCAAAGCCAAGAAUUGCAGUUUUACAUUCCGCAAUCUCAGUAUUCUUGAGGCGUGGAUCUUCGGCGCGGGCUUGGUUCUUGGGUUCUCAGUAUUUGGUGGUGAGCCUCGCAAGGACAUUGAGGAUGCCUUUCACGGCGUGCAAAUCAUUCUGGGAGAUAUUGCAUUAACUAGCCAGCAGGCUCGGCUAUACCACAAUAUACUCACGAGCUUUGCCGAUGCCAUCAAGAAAUACAAACAGCGAGUGGCUGAAGAAAGAAAUUACACUGUACAACAUUACAUGGACCGGAUGCUAAUUUUUGAAGCAUCAUCCGAUGACACCAUCGCCAACCGAGAAGGUCUCAGCACCGUUGCUCAAGGAUCGGAGGAUGGAUGGCAGUUGUUUUUGGCCACCACUUCCCAGCCACAAACUGUUUUCGAUUUAGCAGAUCUACCAUCAUCUUCGCUAUCGAACGACAGCUUUGCUACAGGAAGGAACGACUGGCUAGGAGUUGAGUGA